UAUAUACCAAAAUAUAAUUAAAAAUGAAUCAACAAGAAAUAUGAAUACGAAAAUGUAACAAUAUAAUCAAUUAUCCGCCUACCCCGUCCAAAAAUAAACAAAGAAAACUAAAGUGCGAAGAAAAUCGGAGGAAAGAUGUUUGAAAAAAUACUACUACCGGAACUUUUCACCGAAAGUGGGACUAUUAAGAUACCAGAAAAAUACCAAGUGCGUUAAAUUCAAGAUUAUACCGCGGAACAAUUGAGAAUCCCGUUAUUCGUGUUUGAUUUUCGUUGUUUUUUGUUCAUAAUUUGUUUCCCUGCAAACACUCAAAUACAACAGCAAAGUACAAAGAAACGCAGCGAUAACAACGUUAAAUGCAAACUGCAUAAGACUAAUAUCAACAGCACAACAAAGUAAUACAAAAUAUAAUUUCCCAAAUCAACAAAAAAAAAGAAAAACAAAACAAAAACCGCAUCCUCCGCCCACAGUAGGAGACAGAGAGAGCGAGACGCACAGCUCAGACAAGAGUAAGGGAGAAAGCAGGCAAACCAAACAAACGGCACCGAAGCUUGCAGAGAAAGAUUGCGAGUGCGAGAGAGAGAGGCCGAGCAGCUGAGGAGAGAGCGCUAGCGAAAAGCUUCAUGCAGAAAAACAAGAAACAGCGCAAAACAUCUAGAGAACAUGGAGGGUGCGAGUCGCAGCAGGAACGCCGCAUCAGCCGCCUCCGCGAGCCACAGCCAGCAAGGAGGACGCCCCAGCCAGGACCGCAUUGAGCAGGACCUCAAGCAAGACAUUCCCUACUUCGACGAGCCGCCGGCGAUUAAUGCCAGCGAUCUGCUCGUGCUCGGCAAGAGCGAGUGCAGCCUGGACGACCUGGCCUGGGAUCCCAACGACAUGGAUGCGGAUCAGGAGCAGGACCAGGACCAGAACCAGAACCAGAACCAAGACCAAGACCCCAACCUAGAUGCAGACCAAGGGCAGGAGGAUAACUAUCCGGAUGAGAACGAGAGUUCGGUGCUCGGGAGCGACUAUGCGCCAAGUGGCAGCGGAAGUGCCGCCAAUAGCUUCUAUAUGUCGCCAACGCCCUCCACCGCCUCGGGCUCUGGCUGUGACCUAAUGCUCCGACCUCCCUCCAGCUCCAUGUAUCACUUUAACUACCGAUCGCCAGCGAGUCCCUUGACCAUGCCGGGAGGCGGCGGCGGAGGAGGACCAGGAGGAGGAGCAGUUGGACCCCCAUCUGGACGCCUGCAUCCGUAUGGACAUUCCGCGGCUCACGGCACGCCGCCUAACUUCUAUCCCAAUAUGUGGUAUCCCAAUGCGCCCUACGGCGCCUCCAGCUCUGGAGGUGGCUCCUCUUCGGUUGCCGGCAGCGGUUCAAUGGCCGGUGGCAGGUACAUGACCUACGCCGGACCAGGAGGACCAAGUCCCGGUCCAGGCUAUCCAGGUCAUCCGGGACAUCCGGCACACCUGCAUCACCCGGGGCAUGCCCUGCACCAUCCGUACCAGCAGCCACAUCCUCACGGGCAUCCGCAUCCCCUUCAUGGGCACCACGUUCAGCAUCCGCAUCACCAGCAUCCGCACGAGACCAUGAUGGAAAUGUUUCAGCUCUCGAAUAGCGGUCGCGAGGCACGCAAUCGAGCUGAGAAAAAUCGCAGGGAUAAACUGAAUGGAUCCAUCCAGGAGCUGUCCACAAUGGUGCCCCAUGUGGCAGAAUCGCCGCGGCGAGUGGACAAGACAGCGGUUUUGCGAUUCGCUGCCCAUGGAUUAAGAUUAAAGCACGCCUUUGGCAAAUCCCUGCUCCACCAGCGGCCCCAGAUCACCGACACACUGAUGAGCAUGCUGGACAGCUUCUUUCUAGCCCUCACCUGCCAUGGCCACAUCCUGCUGAUCUCGUCCAGCGUCGAACAGCACCUGGGCCACUGCCAGACGGACCUUUACGGCCAGAGCAUCAUGCAGAUCACCCAUCCCGAGGACCAGAGCAUGCUCAAGGAUAAGCUCAUACCCACCGAGCUGGAGAACCUCUUCAAUGCCCACGGAGACUCGGAUGCGGAGGGUGAGCCCCGCCAGCGGAGCAAGUCCGAGGAGGACUACAUCGAUCGGAAGCUGCGCGAGGACAGGCGUAGCUUUCAUGUGAGGUUGGCUCGUGCUGGACCCCGAUCAGAACCCACAGCCUACGAGGUGGUUAAUAUCGAUGGCUGCUUCCGGCGCAGCGACGAGGCUCCACGUGGCGUCCGUUCCAAUACGUUGAGCUCCAGCUUGCAGCUGAUACGAAGGACCCGCGGUCGCGACGAUGUCAUUCCACUGCACACGAUCAGUGGCAACGAUAUAAUCUUGACAGCCUGCGCUCGGAUCAUCCGUCCUCCGAAGAUCGUCAACCGCCUGAUCGAUGCCAAUACGCUCGAGUACAAUACCCGCCAUUUGAUAGACGGCAGGAUCAUUGACUGCGACCAAAGGAUCGGCAUCGUGGCCGGCUAUAUGACGGACGAGGUGCGCAACCUCAGUCCGUUCACCUUCAUGCACAACGACGACGUGCGCUGGGUGAUUGUAGCUCUGCGACAGAUGUACGACUGCAACAGCUCGUAUGGCGAGUCCACGUAUCGCCUUUUCACUCGGAACGGUAACAUCAUCUACCUGCAAUCCAAGGGCUAUCUGGAGGUCGACAAGGAAACCAACAAGGUGCACUCAUUCUUCUGCGUCAACACAUUGCUGGACGAGGAGGAGGGCAAGCGACGAGUGCAGGAGAUGAAGAAGAAGUUCUCGGUGAUCAUCAAUACGCAGAUACCGCAGUCCACCGUCGAUGUGCCGGCUUCGGAGCAUCCGGCUCUGCUUGAGAAGGCGGUGCUGCGACUCAUUCAGAACCUGCAAAAGUCCGGGGAAGAUGGUGCCCAGGGCAUGGAGGGUGAUGAGGACGAAGAUGUUGAGGAGGAGGACGACGACGAGGACGAUGACGAAGAUCCCGAUGAUGGGGUACGGAGCAUGUCCGAGCUUGGGGAUUCGUAUAGUCAACACCACCACCAGCAUCACCAUCACCAGCAGCUCCAUCAUAGGCGUUCACAGCACGGAAGCUCAUCGAGUGCUCUGUCCCAUCAUCAUGGUCAAGGCAGCUCCAAGACCCCGCCUCUCGCUCUGGUGCCACCAGAAACCUCCUCCGUCAAGUCCUCGAUAUCUAAGAGCAUCAGUGUGGUGAAUGUGACUGCGGCGAAACAUUUGCGCGGCAUCCAUAGCUCGGCAGCCAAGUCACCUACCGCCUCCCUGUCGUCCAGUUGCACAUGCACUGAAUCCCGAUCCUCCUGCGACUAUUGCCAGGCACCACUCACGCCCGAUCCCCUGCCGAUAGGUUCCAGCCUGAAGAGGAGCACUACGACUCUGUCGGAAGGCGAGGAAAAGCACUCAGCGAAGCGGCGCUUCAUGCCCAGCACUGAAAUCGAGCAUGCCCUGCACACAUCCCUAGAUCAGAUAGGAAGAACGCUGACGCAGCAGCUCAAUGUGGCCAGGAACUUGAGGGAGCAGGGCCAGCGUUACGAGUUGCCGCAUGCCGACCAGCGCUUCGAUGAGAUCAUGCAGGAACACCAGAAGCAAAGCGAGCUGUAUGUGAAUAUCAAGAGCGAGUACGAGGUGCAGUUGCAGAGCAAGGCCGGCGGCGCCCGUAAGUCCCCGGAAACGGAAACGGAAACGCAGCAGGACACAACGGCUCGGGAUCGGGAACAGGACUAGAGAGCUUGAGAGAUACUGAGAGAAUGAGAGCGAGGUCAGCUCUCGACUGAAGAAGGGUUUCAUCGAUGUGAUAACUACUACUGUCCUGGCAGCCAGCUCAAGCCCCAAAAGCGGAUUGUCGCAAAACAAGAAACACACAAGCUC